AUGAGAUUCCAGGCAGAGGGCACAACACAGGCAGAGGACUUAAUGAUGAAAUGCCAGGUAAAGGACAUAACAUUGUAUUACGACGAGAUUCCAGGCAAAGAGCAUCACGACGAGAUUCCAGGCAGAGUGUAUCACGAUGAGAUUCCGGGCAGAGGGCUUAACGACGAGAUUCCAGGCAAAGGACAUAAUGCAGGCACAGGGCAUCAUGACGAGAUUCCAGGCAGAAGGCUCAACGACGAGAUUCCAGGCAAAGGACAUAAUGCAGGCAGAGGGCAUCACGACGAGAUUCCAGGCAAAGGACAUAAUGCAGGCAGAGGGCUCAACGACGAGAUUCCAGGCAGAGGGCUCAACGACGAGAUUCCAGGCAGAGGGCUCAACGACGAGAUUCCAGGCAAAGGGCUCAACGACGAGAUUCCAGGCAAAGGACAUAAUGCAGGCAGAGGGCAUAAUGCAGCCAAAGGGCCAAGUCCUGUCUUACACAAACCUGGCACCUGCCCUACGGCCCUCGGCCAGUGCACCACGUUUGACACCACGAACCACUGCACCAAUGACCUUGAGUGUCCAGGGCCCGAGAAGUGCUGUGAGGGCCCUUGUGGGAUGAGUUGCGUGGUGCCAGACCUGUCGUGA